AUGGCCGCUUUUCAAGACUCAUGUAGUUUUAGCGGAAUAUCCGUCGAGAGUGUGGAGCGUCCAGACUUGAAAUGCCUUCUGAUCUAUGCUGUAUUUGUGGCUGUUCUGAAGCGCUUCAACAUGAAAUUCGCCUUCGUGGACUUCGAGGCUGACAAUGCAGUUGCAGAACUGGCAAUCAAGUUGCAGUGUCCCGUCAUGAGCAGAGAUUCCGACUACUUUAUAUUCACCAAUUACUGGGGAGACUGUGGGAACUACUGUUGUAUUCAACCAAUCCCAUUUAACGCAUCACCGAAGGCCUUCGCGAACGGGGUAUGUAAAACCUGUACAGUUAGCGCCAAUUCGCAAAAGAAUAGCGAAAGAUGCUGCUACUACCUUGAAACGACUUGUUUCAGACCCGACCAAGGAUCGUUUUCACGACUAGCUGCCCCCCUCAGACCGGUGUUUUCUGUCCUCUGUGGUAAUGACUAUGCUCCCUCCGGGUACUUUGAUCUCUUUUCUUCCGAGUUCUGUCACAAACGCUGCGAAGUUGACGAAAAUGGUUUCGGCUACCUGCGUAGUUCGCUGAUAGAAGAUGUGAGGUACUCAGAAUCAGCCUACAUGUGUGCAAGACCUCUCCGCCAAGUCAUAUACAGCGUUCUCAGCCAAUUGGCAGGAGAUGAUAAACGUGGCCUACGUGGUCUUCAGGGCGACAGUAAAAAUCCCUACGUUCAAGAAGUUCUGCGCGACAAACACAUGGGAUUGGCAGUGACUAAGGUAAUUCUCCUCAAGGCUGAUCUUGAUUCGCCACAACAGAUGCUGAAACUGCACCUUGGUCUACAACGGAAACAAUCUGGUUUGCCAAAUUCCCUGCAUUCACUGGUCGGUGCCGCCUUCAUUGUGCUGACUGCAGACCAACGCAAAGGCCAACACUCAGAAGGGCAACGCUCCCCCUCGUCGGUUGCUUCGUCGCCAUUGGUUCUGGCAGCUCUAGCAGUCAGUACGGCCGCUUUCGUUCUUCACCAACAGGAAACUCCGCAGCAGAAACCAGAGGAGACGUGGAAAGUACUGUCUGAUCGUAUUCAGCAGCAAUUGAGCAUGCUGAUUCCAGAUGACUCAUCCUUUAUUCGGCUGAACUUCGCCUUCUUGCAUACCUACGCCCAAUUGCAAAUAGCCUACGCGACACUAGUCACGCUUGGAGACGUUCUCACGGCUAACAUGCCGUCAUCGGCGGAGGAUCACGAAGAAGUAGGCUCGCUUGACACAGUCAGUUCCUGUUUUCCAUCUGGACGUCGGGUUCAUCGGCUGGCUGUCAGACUUGAUCAUCUCUCCGAAGUGGAACGAGAGAAGGAGGUCUGUGAGGUCAUCUUUCCUCGACUGCUAGGAAGAACCUCGAUGCGAUCUUUCUCACAACUAGUUCUUUCCCGAGCGAUUUCAACUUAUACAAAGGUCAUCAGGUUUUUGGAUGGCUAUCUCAAGGAUCAGAAAAAGGCCUCUGCUUCCACGCUUGUCACUUGA